AGCAUUAUUGCCACACACACACACGGCGGAAUCGUCGUAGACAAGUGCUCUCGCAUUUCCGUUAAACACUUCUUUUUUUUUUUAUCCCUUCUUGUGGCCCCCUGCAUUCCCUUUUUUUUUCCGUGUCUCUGGGCGGGCUCAUUAUAACAGACGCAUUUUGAACAAGUCGUUUGGGCUCUGUGCAAGGAUCUCUCUUUGAACGUUAACGUAGCCAUUAUAAAAAGCCCUCUCGUCCUGGUCUUUUUCCCCGCAAGUCAACUUUCAAAUAUUCCUUUUUUUUUAUCUUGUUACCAUUCCUUUUCCCAUCGUGAGGCUUUUCGCCAUCGGCAAACCUCGUUCAAGCCUCAGAUCCCAAACGUAAAAACAACAACACGAACAACAACUCCCGCCGUUCAUCAAAAAGAUGAUUUCCAUCGCCGACCUUGUAUGUCAAGAGUCUCAAGAUCCAAUUCGUAGUAGAUCGCAGGAUCUCUAUCCACCACGAAACGAUAUCUACAAGGCUUCCCUACAACCUCGCAAACUCGCUCCUCCUCCUCUCGACAUUGCCCUUGCACGGCUGUCGGGGACGCCUGGAGCGCCUCGCGUCGCCACGUAUCCUUCCCCGUCUCCUGACAACCGAUAUGACGCGCUUUCGAGGACGAUGCCUCACGGUCACGGCAGGACCGCGACUUUCAAGACUGCUGCGAUUCCCCUAGUGAACCGGUCCUCGUCAGAGUAUGGUCACCUAUACCAACCACACCAUCACGAGCCCGCUCAGGCCUGCUGCAGUCACCCGCUCAGUGUCGCGCCCUCACCGUCAUUGUCACCGCCAGUACACGCAAGCUCGUCUUGCGGUCGGCACAGUCCCCGGCGGUCAUUUGAUCUCGGCAACCAGAUAUCCCAGGCGCCAGCAGAUUGUGAAAAGCAGUCGUCUCAUAUUGCAUACCCCCCAAGUCCCCGCGACAGCGAACGUUCCUUUUCGUCUUCAAGUACGGUCAGUGAAUCAGAGCCCUUUGAAUUGUCACCAUCAACUCCCGUCCACCACCACGACACUCAAAAGGAUUCCGCCGACCAAGAAGCAGCAAAUGCUCACUUUGCCGCUGUACUUCAAGCCGCUGCGCUAGAGCACUACCGGGAAGGCAAGGUCAAUUGCCCAGAUUGCGGCAAGGACUUUCAUCGCCUGUGCAACUUUCGCUCCCACUUCCGCAUUCACCAACGCACACGGCCGUUUGUAUGCAAAGUGUGUUCGCAACAAUUCCUUCGCAAACAUGAUCUCAACAGGCACGAACGGAUUCACGCUGGCGAGAAACCGUUCCGUUGCCGACGUUGUGGCAAGGGGUUCGUACGCAAAGACGCCCUCAGGCGACACGAAAACAUGAUUCCGGAAAUCCAAAAGUUUCGAUGUGUCGUCAAAACAAUGAUGUGAAGCUAGCCGUUGGAUGGAUUGAAAUUGAUGUACAUAGUUGCUAUAGUGGGGGACAAGACAAAUUGGGGAGUUAAUUAGAAAGCCGACGCAUUGUAUUGGUGUGAAAACAAUGCGUGACAGAUUUAGUCUUUGAAGUUUUUAUUUUCCUAUCGUCUUUUUGUUAACAAAUUAUAUUUGAUGUGCUUUGAGAUUGCUUCACUGUCUUUGAUAGUGUAUUGGCAAAAACAAAUGUCAGUGCCUCCACCACACGCAGUCCCUACUAGGC